AUGACAGAAGCAUUCACAGAAACGACAGCUGAAUACACUUACGACGAACAUGCUUUUUCCUGCAAUAAGACUGACAUCCAAGUAUUUGGGAAGAUAUUUCUGCCAAUAUUUUACAUUGCAGUGUUUGCUGUUGGCCUCACAGGGAAUCUAAUGGUGGUUUUUGCCAUUGUGAAAGAAGGUAGUAAAAAAAGCAUCACUGACAUCUACCUCCUGAACUUGGCUAUCUCAGACCUUCUCUUCGUGAUCUCCCUCCCCUUCUGGGCUUCCAACACGGUGCGUGGAUGGACCCUUGGGACUAUCCCAUGCACAGCUGUUUCCUCCCUGUAUUACAUCGGUUUCUUUGGGGGCAUGUUCUUUAUCACUGUUAUCAGUAUUGACAGGUACUUGGCCAUUGUCCGGGCAACAUAUUCUCUGAAAUCCAGAACAGUGAAACACGGCUUUCUUAUCACCUGUGGAGUAUGGGCAAUAGCUGUUUUAGUGUCAGUGCCACAUUUUGUGUUCUCCCAGCUGGUGGAAAACGACUGCACUUCUGUCUUCCCCCAAGAGCUGGAGAACAUCUGGCCGGUGUUCUGCAAUGUGGAGCUGAACACCAUUGGCUUUCUCAUCCCAGUCUGUAUCCUAUGCUAUUGCUACUGUGGGAUUGUCAAAACCCUGCUGUCCUGCAAAAAUCAGAAAAAAACACGAGCCAUAAAACUGAUCUUGGUUGUGGUGGUCGUGUUUCUUCUGUUUUGGUCCCCCUACAAUGUACUGAUUUUUCUAGAGACUCUAAAGCGCUAUGGGCUCUUCACAGAUUGCAACCAAAUUAAAUCAUUGGACUAUGCGAUGCACCUGACCGAAACCAUUGCAUUCAGUCACUGUUGUCUCAAUCCUCUUAUCUAUGCCUUUGCUGGGGAAAAAUUUAGGAAAUACCUUUAUCGUGUCUGCUUGAAGUACUGUCCAUUCCUGUGUUUCUGUGGCCCCUGCAGUCGCUACCAGGUCACCUAUUCAGCCAGCUAUGCAGAAAGCGUCGUGAACAGCAACAUCACCCUGAACACCAGUGACCAGGAUGGCUCUGUCUUCGUCUAG